AUCGAUCGAUCGGUGGAUGGCUGGCGCCGCGACGGAAUGAAACGGAAACGUGACGUCGCGAGAGUUCGGAGGAGCGGACGUCGCGACGCUCCUCUCCGACGCCGCCUCCUCGAGCCUCGUAUAGCGUAGAGAGGCAUGAAGCGAUGAAUCCUGAAGAGUGAUAAGAGAGAAGGGACGUGUUUUUGCACCCAGCUAGAUCACCAUGUGAGUUCACACCGGUUGGCAUCACGAAGAACCAGCUUUGCUGAGAGGUACUGGAGCAUGGUAUAACGGACAAUCGAUUCUCCCUUAAUGGAACGUAGCCACCGCAACUGGGAGCAAGCCAGCGACAAUAUUGACAAUGGCAUCAGGAUUCCCGAGCGUUCAUCAACGGAAGCUGGGACCUGCUCCGAUCGCAUCUUUCGAAGAUCUGUCGGAUGAGUUAGAGAACGGAGAGGCGGCGUCAAGAAUGCCUGGAAUCGUCGAAGUUACAACUCCGGUGACACCGGGUAGUUCCUUAAAAACACCGAGCACGCCCAGGAUCGACAUCAGCAGAGCCAGCAGUUCGUCUCACCACGAAGACAGCAAUAAUUCCAGGGACUCUUCGCCCGAGCGAGAACUUCUAGCUGGUGCCGAGCCGCCUCCGGGAAGCAAAUUAACUCUUGGGUACAAAGAGGAUGUUACUGAUCUAAGGUCGUCCACCGAGGAACUGGAUUUGCAGGACCCGGUCCAUGAACAGGACUUGAAAAGUCACUCCAGAAAGCUGGCGCGGAGACGGCUUAAAGAAGAUGGAACUCAGUCGGAAAGUGGAGGCACGAAGGUUCUGGACCGUGAACGGAAGGACAGUAACUGUUCGGAGAUCAUAUUGCUCAACAUCAGUGGAAGGACCUCACGAUUGUCUUCGGUUGGAAGUCAGGGCUCAGGAGUAUCCGGAAAGCUGUCAGUCAUGUCAGCCACCUCUUCAAGGUCCCCGAGCCCGCACAAAUGCCUCUUGGAAACAUCGUUUUGCGGCAACAAACCGAUGUUGGCUGACAACUUGAUUGAACCGUCAAAGCCGGAAACUGAUGACCUAGAAAAAGUUCUCCUACAGAGGGAAGCUGACACUACGAGAGCUCUCAUCCCGGACAGUAUAAGGGUGCCAAUGGUAGCAGGGAAUCUUAAACCGGAUCCACUCGAUAAGCCGAGACGACGAGCGCGCGAGGACCGAAAGGAGAUAUUCAAAAGAGAAGUUGAGAUAACGAAACGAGUUCUCGAAAGAGUCCACAUCGACGUUCCUAUCACUAAAAAGUACGAAGAGCCAGAGUCAAAGUCGUCGUCGGAAGUGCAGAAACCGGCGUCCCUCGACUUGACUGAUAAACGAAAGAAACCUCAAAACUUCAAAGAAAUCGUGCAGACGACUCCGACGUCCAGUGGAAUCCAGGGAAGCCCAAAGCUGCCUAGACAUCAGAAGGUUCGAGAACUGGAGGGCUCGAGGACGCCGAGCCCAUCUUCGGUUUCACGUAAAAGCAGCUUCACCUCGUUGUUCAAAGCCCGAACUGACGGCAGCGUUCUGAGUCCCGAGUCACCGACUCCUGGUGGAAAGUCGAGAAGGAGUCUCACUUCGAAGAUCAAAGACACGACUGAGGGCAUUAGAAGUAGGUCAAAGUCCCGAGAGAGGGUGUCGACCGACAGAGGUUCGACGCUGAAGAAGGAGACAAAAAAUAAGGGUGUGUUUUCGUCGACUUUGAGUUUGUUCAAGAAACGGGAACGCAAGAAGAGCUGCGGUGAUCCAACGACGCCGUUGGAUGGGGAUAAUCCUUCCUUGGAGAGUAUCGGGAAUGUGGAAUUCACCUUCAACUCGGAACGGAGUAGCCAGCAGAAGGAGGACUCGAUAUUCAUCAGUCUGCAUGCCGACGACAGAUAUUACGAAGUGGCUCUACCUUCGGAGAGCGUUUCCAUCCCAUUGGAAACCCCGACGAAACUCUUUGACGAGUACGAAUCGGAACCACGCUCCGGCAGUAUCGUGACCGAGGCUUCUAUAGAGCACCAUGACUCGAGCCAAGUUAAGACGGAGGCGAGUAUCGAGGCAUCGGUGCACAGGUCGUCUUCCAAGGAUAGUCAAAUACCCCAAAGCAACUCGAGGGAGUCCCAGAUGUCUAAGAGCUCGUCGAAGGAUUCGAGGAUCAGUGUACAGACGACAAAGUCUCUACUGAGGGACACGAAGAUUGAUUCGGUCGCGUCAAAGCUCGAGCCCAACACCACGCAGCUGGCAAAUGGCAGUGCGAUUGAACCGCCCGUCAAAAAACCGGAAAUAAUAAAGCCUAAACGAAAGAGCAAAGAAGUGCGGAAGAUCGAACCCUCCGAGACUAUAGACGAUACAUCGCUUAAGACUGAAAUAAAUGGCAACGAACCACCUCGACCGCAAGUUCCGCAAAAUUCUAGGGAGCACGGCUUCGUCGACGAUGAAGGUUGCCUGAAGGUUGCCGAUGGGCUGGUGAAAACACCAAGCGUUGUUUCAGACCUCGAUCACAACAGUUCCGAGUCAGAGCGAGACUCGGAGAUAGAAUUUAUCCGGAACAAGGCUGAGAAGGUGGCCGAAGAGUUGCCGGAUGAAAGGAAAGGCCUCUGUUACGACGAAAGCUUCGAAGAAGACCUCCCUUACGUACCCACAACUUUACCAUUGGAGAAGAGCGUCGCUGUUCCCAUACUGCCGGUGAAACAGAGGCUUCAGGAAGUGAGGACAAUUCCAAUCGAACGACCAAGGUCUACAACCCCUAUAAACCCGACGCUGCUUGACGAAUUCGUGAUGCAGACAUCGAUGGACGAGCGAAGGGUGGAGAAGAUGAAGAUAUCACUGCCGAGAGAAGACAGCUUCAAGCUAAAAAGCCCGAGAAAACAGAUGACAAACACGUUCACCGAGUUUGCGGGUAGAGUGCCAAGAAACGCAGGAAAGUCUCCAAGUCCACCGCCACUUCCGCCGCGAGCACCGGCAGCCAGACCCACUGCCUGGAUAAACUUCGAGGAGAUACCGGAGAAGCGGAAGGCUCCUAAGAGGAUCCAAACGAUUCCGAGACCGGACGACGAGGCGAAGGGCGGGUAUAGCUACGUUCAGCCGGAGGAAUGCAGGUGCGAGUGUCACGAGGAGUCGAGGAGGGCUUCUCUGAAGGAGUCGACCUCGUGCACGAGCAACGGCGAGCGCCCUUGCAACGGUGAGAAUUGCACGGGACCAGUAGCGGCGACUUCCGGCGACCGGGCCAGCAUCGUCAGUGAUAGCUCCCUGGAUUACAGCUUGAGCAUAGAGGAACCAGGCGCGCAGCCUCUCCUGGGUCCCAUGAAACCUUUCGGAAUGGAUCUGGACGUGCGUUCCAACCGAUCCAGCACAAUCUCGCAGGAGGAGGCCGACGACGCGCACCAGUAAAUACGCAUACCUUCCCCCCUUCGUCGAAGUCGAACUUGGUUCGUAAUAGGGACUCAAGUUCAGCUUCGAUACAGAACGAGCUUGUCAGUAAUCUGGUAAUGGAACAGCUAGCUUCCUCUCUAUUGCCACAAUUAUUGCGUUCAUUCGAUUCGGCUUCGUUUUAUUCGGUUCCCGGGCUUACUGGUUACCGGAAGUCGCAUCGAUCGGUGCACCUGACCAUAUCUUCUGCUAGAUUCGAAUAUACCUUUGACGUGGAAACAGAAUUAUCGUGAAAAGUGGGUUUAUUGAUUGGCGCGUCACUGCCUUGGUUGAAACUUAGACCGGGUUAACUGCUAUAGGUAUGUAAAAAAGUGUUAAAUAAAGAAAAAAAUUAAACAAUCCAUAUAAAUAAUAACGAUAAUGACGAGUGAUGGCAAAGUGAGCAACUCUCGGGAUACAAUCGUAGUAAUGAUUCUAGCAGAUUAUUCAUUCAUUCUCCCCAUUUUCUACUUUCGAUUUUUUACUUUAUAUUUUCUACUUUCUCUACAUAUACAUAUAUAUACACACACGCAUAUAUAUAUAUAUAUAUAUAUAUAUAUAUACAUACAUAUAUAUUCUCUCGAUGUAUUUUUUCCCCAAUACUUACACUCCGACCUUCGUUUGCGGGGCUUAGCGAUUACCGCGUUUGUAAUUUAAGAUAGGACCAAUUCCGCGGACGCAGUGUCUUCAAGAUCAACACGCUUGAUGCCUUGAAGUGCUCGUGAUGAACGUGACGUGACGCGACACUACACAAUAGUAAUAAUUAUAAAUGAAAAAAAUUUAUCGACAUUCACUGAUAAAGAGAAGAAGAAAAGAUUCCUCAUGUUGAAAUUCAUAUUGAGCUAAAUCGCAUACAUAUACAUAUACCUACAUUAUACAUAUAUUUAUAGUAUAUUCUCGUCGUAUGAAAUACGCAGAACAUUCUCACCAUUAUAUUGCACACAUUAACAAAGUGGUAAACAUAACGCAUUCAAUAAACAUACAUAGGUACGUGCAUGUGAGAUGUUAAAUAUGAAAAGAAGAAGUCAUUUGUAAUUAUGAUACAACAUUGAUAUUUUCUCCGCUCAAUGCCUUUAUUUCAUAGUAAUUCUUCUAGACGUAUUUUCUAUACGAAAACUGUACUGUGUUCAAAUGAAGAGAGAAGAAGCAGAAACAAACAAUGUACGAUGAAGAGGAAAUACUGAAACGUAAUUCAACAUCAAACUCUGCUUGUGAACAGAGUGAAUCGCAAACAGGGAAAAAUUGGUAGACAAAGACAGCAUUUGCAGUGAACUGACUAUUUGUAGACACCGAGUAACAGUAAAUUGAAUGAUUACUACCUAUGACGCUUAUCAGAGAAAAUAGAGUCUCUUAAUAUUUUACAAACGGUAGAAAAAAUUGGUAGGGUAGGGAAAUUACUCACUCUGGGCCACCAACAUUGACCGAUUUCCCAGAGUGCGUGGUGUUGGAAUUGAUUGAACCCGGAAGAGUUACCAUAUUGUAUCCAAGUAAUAACGAGAAUAAUCUUGAAGUAAUGAAAUAAAACUAUAAAACUAUAACGUUUAAAAAGAAUAUCGUUCAAUUUGUGACCGAGUGUAUUUUUUUCUCAUAGUCUAACACGACAAGAAAGAUGUUAAUCCAAAUAAACUGAAAACGCUUUUCAAGAAAAUGUAGUUAGUGUACCAUACGAUCUUUUUGAGAUUUUGAUGUUUAGCUAAUGAAACGUUAACAUGUAUUCGCACUGGGCUGGUUCCGCUUCGUGAAGAAAAAAAAAAAAAAAAUUAAAUCAUUUCGUACCGUGCGUUGGUACGCAUAUAAUUACA